AUGUGGCUUUACUCGGGCGCAUCCAAACGCUCCGCUAACUCCAAAUCCUCCUCGUCAUCCCGUCACCGUGCGUCGGCCUCGUCGUCGACUCCCACCGCCCGACAAACGUCCCCCAGCUCCGCUCUCGCCGAGGUCCUCAGAAAGAAUCCUUUCCGAGCAGGCUCGAAGGAGGAGUCCCCAACCGAUAAUCACGAAGAUGAAGAUCCCUCGGUGCCCUUGAACCAGGACCUGCUGGUGCUCGCCGACUUCUUCCCGGACGUCAAGGUCGAAGUCCUUCGUGAGUUGCUCCUCCGGUUCGAUGGCGACAGCCGACUCCCGAUCGCCACAGAGCAACUCUUCAAAUACAAGACAGAAUGGGCAAAGGGUCGAUUGAACGUCCCGCCGCGGAGUUUGGACGAGCCACUCCCGGCGGACGAACUAUUUAGGACGAAGGAAUACAAGGAUGCGGUGCGACGGACGGUUGGACGCGAAUUCAGUGCCUUGGGCAGAAGUGCCAUCGAUGCGGUGCUCGCCGAGGUCAACUUCUCGUACACGAGCGCGAGGCCGACCCUCCAACAAUUGUCCAGCAGAUCGUGGAAAGCCACCUUCGCCAACCUCCUCAAGAAAAAGCGAUCUCACACCGACCCUCCGUCGAUUCUCCUGGAUAGAACAAAGGCGGAUCCCGAAGGCCCACGGUUGAUUGCCACAGGGUCUCGCGACCUCGACCAAGAGUUGUCAGCCUUGUUCUCCUUACCCGCACAGGCGUCUCGCCGACCGAGAGACCAACAAGCCUCCGACCUGGAACUCGCUCAAGCCCUCAAUCUGAAGGAAGCCGAAGAAGCGGGUGCGCUCUUUGAAUGUCAGGUCUGUUAUAACGAUGUCGCGUUCGAGGACGCCUCAUUCUGCACACACUCGGACCAUACUAUCUGUCUGGACUGCGUCCGACGUACCCUCAAUGAGGCCCUCUUCGGGCAGGGCUGGGCCAAAUCUAUCGACGUCGAGCGCGGCACCUUGAAGUGUCUGGCCUCAGAUGAUUGUGACGGCCAUAUCCACCAGGACCUUCUCCUCCGUGCCCUCCGUCGUUCCGACAGCAAGUCCAGCGCCGAAACCUGGAGAAAAUUCGAAGACCGCCUCGCCGAGCAUAACCUCCAACAUUCGGCCCUCCCUCUUGUCCGCUGCCCAUACUGUUCUUACCCCGAAGUCGAACAGAUCUACGAUGCGGACACGGUCACGUCUGUUAUUACGUGGCAUGUUCGCAAACCCACCACAGGCAUUCACACCGUCCUAUGUAUCCUCCUUCUCGAACUUCUCCCGGCGACCAUUAUUCUUCUCUUGCCUUUCUUCCUCAUUUUCCCGCAUUACUUCAUCACGCUCUUUUACACGGCAUUGGCACAUCUCGCCAUGAAAACCCGUACCACCCGCUUUCAAUGUCGGAAUCCCUCUUGCAUGCGGAAGUCGUGUCUCAAAUGCCAAAAGGCAUGGCACGAUCCACACGUCUGCCACGAACCACUGAUACUUUCACUCCGCACCACUGUCGAAGCAGCCCGCACCGCCGCCAUCAAGCGAACGUGUCCACGCUGCGGCACGUCUUUUGUGAAAACUUCUGGUUGCAAUAAACUCACCUGCGUGUGCGGGUACAGCAUGUGCUACCUCUGCCGCAAAAACAUUGGCAAGGCCGGCUCGAACGACGAAGGGGGGGAAGGCUACCGGCAUUUUUGUGAACAUUUCAGGCCCAUCCCAGGCCAAACGUGCCAGGAGUGCGACAAGUGCGAUUUGUACCGCGCCGAAGACGAAGACCUUAUGGUCCGGAGGGCCGGCGAAGAGGCCGAGAGGGUGUGGAGAGAGAAGGAAGGCAUGGUCGGCGUCAAGGGCCUGGAGGAUGCCGUGGGCAAUGUCGCCGGGGAAGAUACCGUCUGGAAGAGGUUCAAGGAGGGCAGGUGGACGGUGCAGGGCGUCCUGGACUGCGUUGUGGAGAAGGUGGUCAUCGUUGAGGUUGAAUGA